AAUCAUAAAAAAAUGGAUUUGUAACCAUAAUAAGUUCCAAGAAGUGUAGUAGAUUUACCAUCUUUUACAUUAGUUGGUUUGAUUAGGAAUAUAAUAUAGAAAGAAGAAUUAGAUCCAUAAACAGGAUAGAUUGGUAAGACAUAUGAAGAAUAUUUUAAUAAUAAAAUACAUGACAAGAUUCCAAAUCGUUUACAUCCAAAAAGAACUUAUUGUAUGUAUUAUGAAUACUAAAAUCCACAUGACAAUGAAGAAAUUAGAUAUAAAAUGAUUUUAGGAGAAGUAGUAAGUGAAGUAACAGAUUUACCAGAUGGAUUAGUAGCUGUAAAAGUACCAGCUCAUCGUUAUUGUCGUUUUGAUUGUGGACCAGGUCCUCUUCCAAAAGUAGUAAUUGAUGCUUGGUAAUCAUUACCAAAUCUAUCACCUUAACAAUUAGGUGGAACAAGAUCACAUGAUUUUGACUUUGAAAUUUAUCCAGAGGAUACCAAUACACAGGAAAACAUCAAAUUUGAAUUAUUCAUAAGUUUAUAAUCAUGAAC